AUGAAUUCCAUAGAAGCUGAGAAAACAGUUCUUCAAAAAAAGAAUUACAUGGAAUUAAAGAAUAUAUGGGAAGAUAUUAAGAAAUAUGCAGAUGGAGAAGAGUACUCUAAAAUUCUUCUUUGUGGAAAGAUCGUACAAAAUAUUGGGAGAAUGGCAAUUUUACUGUUUUCCGUUGAAAUAACGCUUCUCAUCAUGGUAUCUGCUGUACUAAAUCCAGGCCCCAUGUAUAAAGUACUUGCCCAGAAGGUUAUCCGCUUGAUUACAUCAAUACUUGGGCUGGGCCUACUUUUAGACGCAGAGAAGUACUUCUACUCACUGGCUACCCAGGGAAAUUCACAAGAAACGGAUUCUUUAUUCAAAAAAGCCAUGGCCUUUUUGCUGGGCAGUUCUUUUGUGGUAACUAAUCUAGUGAAAACACUUAUUGUGUAUCCAAUUGGGCUGUACAUCCUGAAGAACCAAACAAGCGCACCAAUCCUGUAUACUCUAACAGGGAACAUAACCCUUUUUUUCAUAUUCACUGAACUAAUUAGGCUUCCUAGUGCGCGCGCAUACUUUACAGUUGGGAAUACAUUCUGGGAUAAAAUCACAUUUUUUGUUAAGUGCGUAUAUAUCUUUACUAUUCUGGUAAUACUUUGCAGUAUACUUGGUCUAGCUGGAAUAUACACAUUCAAAUACAUAGCCCAGUCUUUUUCAUUGUUUACCACAUCUCCAUACUUAUCACUGUGA